AUGCGCAAGAUAUCGGCCUACGUCCAGCAAGAAGAUUGCUUCAUCGGCGAUUUGACCGUUCGCGAGACGAUCGUUUUUGCAGCCAAUCUCCGGAUGGGGCAGAAGUACUCGCACAAGGAAAAGCUGCAGCGCGUCGAGAAGGUCAUCAGUCAGAUGGGCUUGACCAGCUGCCAGUACACGCGAAUCGGCUCGCGCUUCCACAAAAGCAUCUCGCGGGGUGAAAAGAAGCGGCUGGCAUUUGCUUGCGAGAUCCUCACCAACCCACCGAUCCUCUUUUGUGAUGAGCCGACCUCGGGGCUCGAUGCAUUCAUGGCCAAACAGGUGGUGGCGGUGAUGAAGAAGCUGGCGCUCGAUGGGAUGACCGUCAUCUCAACCAUCCACCAGCCGAGCAGCCAGGUCUUCGAGCUGGCCGACAGCCUGAUUCUGAUGGCGAACGGAAAGACGGCCUACCACGGCCCGGCUGAUGAGGUCAUCGAGUUUUUUAGCAGCGCCGGCUUUCCGAUGGUGAACAAGUUCGUCAACCCGGCCGAUCACUUCAUGCGCGUGCUGUCGCGCAGCGAGGGCGAAACCGAAGACCAGCACGGGAGUCGCAUUGAGGCGAUCACCCAAAAGUACGUCACCUCCUCGUACGGCGAGACGGUCGGUAACUUCACGCACAACUCGUUCGAGGUGUCGAACACGGAGCGGCGUCGGAUGCGCGAGGACUAUUCCGCCUUGAACCAGUACAAGACCUCGUUCCGCUGGCAAGUCUGGAUAUUAUUCUACCGAGCCCUCCGAUGCGUCAUCCGAAAUCCAAUGAUUUUGAACGUGCGCCUCUUCCAAGUGAUGAUUUGCGCGAUCACCAUCGGGGCCGUCUACCUGCAAACACCGCUGAGGUACAACACCAUCCAAAACUACGUCGGCGUGAUGUUCAACAACGUGCGCGACAUGAACUUCAUGUUCGUCUUCCCGUGUAUCAUGGUGUUCACCUCCGACCUCCCGGUGAUCAUUCGCGAAUACAAGAGCAAUAUGUAUCUACCCGCGGCCUAUUUCAUCGGCAAAAAUCUGGCAGACACGGUGCAGUACCUGGUGUUCCCCUUCAUCUACAGCGUCAUCAUCUUCUUCAUGACGUUUCGACUCUCGGACUUGGAUGCUGCUGGCGAGUACACGUCCUGGAAGAAAUUUGGCAAGUACGUACUGGUGAAUACGUGCAUGGCGACGACCUCUACGUCUGUUGGCUACGCUGCUGCUUGCAUUUGCGGCAACCUGGAAAUUGCAACGCAGCUCGUCCCCCUUGUCGUCGUCCCGCUGCUCGUCCUCGGCGGUCUUUUCAUCAACCUCUGGACGGUGCCCCUCUACUUCCGGUGGAUCGAGUACAUCUCGUACUAUCGCUAUGCCUUUGAGGCGCACAUGAACAACUUUUUCAGCGACAUCACCCACAUUGAAGGCUGUACGAAUGCCACCGACAAGUACUGCCACCAGAUCCAUCUCGACCCGGAAGUGCGGAAAGCGGCAAUCGAUGCUGUUGGCCACGGUCCGAAUCUGAUGGUCAGCAUGAAAAUGCGCCCAGAUGUCUUCUGGAUCGACAUCGGCUUCCUCCUUGGUAUCACGCUGGUGCUCCGUCUGAUUGCUGUCAUCGCCCUCCACAUCCGCGUCACACGCCGC